GAUCUUCCCCCAGUAUUAUACGAACCCGUGACGUGUAAACCGCCUUGUCGUGCUAUUCUCAAUCCAUAUUGUCAAAUCAAUAUCAGAGGCAAACUGUGGAUUUGUCCAUUUUGCUUGACCCGCAAUCCUUUCCCGCCACAUUAUAAAGAUAUCUCUAACACCAAUCAACCCGCUGAACUACUUCCCAAGUACACGACGAUUGAGUACACUCUAUCUCGUCCCGCUCAGGCUCCACCUGUCUUCCUGUUUGUCGUCGAUACCUGUCUAGAUGCUGAUGACCUCAAAGCACUC